CUCCCACCACAUCUUUCUGUCCGGCAUCUGACACCAACCCUCGGCCCCGCGACGAGACCUUGGCCCGGCUCUUCGAUUGAGGUUGAUGGACGACUAGCAGAGCGGCGCAACGGCAGGCGCCUAUUGCGACCAUGAACCCCUGCCGCCUGGGCGUCAAUGCCUUUCAAACCAGCGUCCAGGCCGCUGCCCAUUCCCUCACGAGACGGUGCACCUCCUCCCUUCCCGCAGCGCUGUUGUCGAAUCGCUGCUUUUCAAUCUCUCCGACCACCCAGCACCAACCACAACUGCCGCGGGGAGGACAUGCCAGAAACACAGUCGCAGGGCCGACGCUAUUGAGCGGCCCUCGACCCGUCCUCCCGCGAUGCCUCGGGAUCCGUACUAUAAUCGCUAGUUCAGCCGUCAUCACUCACUACGUGGACCUCCCACCAAACUACACAGACGAGAAAGGGCUACCUUUUGCCAAACAUGACCUGAAACCGGCCGAAGUGGUUGCCCACUUCGGGCCUCGCAUCAGCACCACCGCCGCCAACAAGCUAUUGAGGAUCCUCCACGGCCGCCGCGUCGCCGGCACACUUGAAGACCCGAGCUUGCGGAUCAACACGAUGGCGUUUACGAAUGAGGACCAAAGGAUAGCCCUCGAAUAUCUCCGCAGUAACGUGCCCGUCGACGAGAUUGCGAAUGCCGGCCUCCGGGCCGAGGACGAGUUAGCCGCUCUGGAGGGUGGCGGCCCGGCCAAAAGCCAACAAACCGAGAUUCCGCCUGAGUAUCAGAACAGGGUGAAGCUCUACAAGGAUGCAGAUGUCUCGCCUAAAAAAGACGGCGUUUACGGGCCGAGUGCGCUAGACGCCAUCCGCGCAAGGAACAAGGCCAAGUGGGAAGCGGAGCUCAAGCGGCGGGAGGAGGAGAAGAAGAGGCGAGAAGAGGAGGAGAGGCACGGCAAGGCAGGGCCGCUGCAGGUGGCCGGCAAGUCGCAGACGAGGCAGCUGAGCGCCAAGAUGCAGGAGUACAUAGUCCAAGGUCAGUCGGACCUCAAGGAGCCGCCCAAGAUGAAGAAGUGGCAGCGCGUGCUGCCCUCGGCCGCUUUCGUCGUCACGUUAAGCGGCCUCUGUCUGGCGUUAGCCGAGUUCUACACGCCGCCCAAGCGCGCCGAUAGGCUGUUGCCCGACAUCCCGCCGGCGGCCGCCACGGUUGGCACCCUUAUCCUGGCCAACCUGCUCGGCUGGGGCUUGUGGAAGAUUCCGCCGAUGUGGAGGUUCCUCAACCAUUAUUUCAUCCUCGUGGCUGCCACGCCGCGGGUUCCGACCAUGGUGAGCGCGGCGUUCUCACAUCAGAAGUUCUUUCAUCUGGUCCAAAACAUGGCUCUCCUUUGGUUCUUUGGCGUGCGCUUCCACGACGAUGUCGGGAGGGGCACGUUUCUGGCAACUUACUUUGCGUCGGGGGCGCUCGGCGCGCUCGGGACGCUGACGUGGGCGGUGAUGCGAAACCGGAUGGAGGUUGCAUCUCUGGGGGCGUCCGGGGCCGUCUACGGCAUCAGUGCGGCGUACUUUUGGCUGCACAGGUUCGAGAGCUUUCGCAUCUUUGGCCUCCCUCCGCCGCCAAAUGAGGGCUUCCAAGGUCUCACUCUCCUCAGCCUGGCUGUCGGCUUGAACAUUGGCGCCAUGUUCACGGCGAGCCGCUUCACGGUAGACAUUACGUCGCAUCUGGUGGGCAUGGGCGUGGGAAUUCUGGCCGGGCACUUGGUAGAAGAACGGAAGAAGGCGACGACUGGGCGGCAGAAAUCUUGGUUGUAUAUAUAGACGUGUGGGUAUAUUGUAUCAUUGCAUUCCCCUUGUACGGAGUACAACAGAUUUAUCAUCCACUCUCAGCCUUUCCCCAAAGGGACGUUGCUUACCCAGACGUUUCAGCUGGUCCAAGCUCUGCCGAUAGCCGGUCUUGGCUAGGGGUCCUGUCAGCAGCUCGAAAUGAAGGCGGCCAUUGGCGCAUUCGGCUUGGCUCACGUCCAUCAGCUGAGAGUGUGGAGCACACCCAAACGCUGACGCAAGAGCUGUGCCCAAGCUUCCAAGGUUUUGCUUGA